AUGUCGACUUCAAUAUCAUUAUCAACUAUUCAAACAAAUCAUAUAAAUUCAUUAUGUAAACUUUGUUCAAAUGCUUUAGUUUUAGUUGAUACAAUUACAUUAGAAUGGUUUCGUGUAACAAAUAUCAUCGGACAUUUAUUUUGUUCAAUAAAUCGUCCAACUAUAAAACAAAUUAAUGAUUCAAAUUUAUUCGAAAAUAAUAAACAUUCAAAUCUAGUUAUCAUUCUUAAUCAAUCAAUACCAAUAUCUCGUUUAAAUGAUAUAUGUACUGAACAAAAUUUUGAUUCAAUUACAUUAUUAACUAGUUCACCAUCAAUAAUUGAUGAUGAUAAAAAUGAAUUAGAAGAAAAUCUAUAUGAUAUAUUACAAAUAAAACAUUUACAAUUUCCAUUUAUUUCUAUAACAGAUUCAUUCUUUUUAAUACCAGCUCUUAUUCCACAUCAAUUACCAACUAUUGAAACUGUGACUUCACUCACUAAUGAAAAAAUUAAAACGAUAUCAUUAGAUACUAUAUUUAAAAGAGAUGAAAUAAAAACAAUUCGAAUUCAUGCUGAAAUGUUAAAUAGUUUAGUCGCAAGUAUGAAUGCACGUGAAGAUAUAUUUAUACUUGGUCCAUUGAGUCAUAUUAUAGCUCGUGAAUAUACACAAAUGACAAAUAUUAAACAUAGACGACGAUCUGGUGAAAAUAAAAUAGCUUUAUUAUUAAUUGAUCGUCAUUUAGAUUUAGCAACACCAUCAUCUCAUCAACAAGAUACAUUACUUGCACAAAUUAUUAAUAUUUUACCUAAUAUACGUAUAAAAAGUUCUGAUAAUUGUUAUCAACGUACGAUUGAUGUUAAAAUUGAUACUCGAGCAUUAUUAAAAAAUUCAUCAUCAAAAUAUGAAAAUGAUUUUAAUUCAUAUUUAUUUGCGGAUAUGAAACGACGCAUAACAAAUGAAGAUACUAAAUCAGUAUUUGAUAAUAUUAUUUAUUCAAAAUCGAAAGUAGCAACAACUGAAGUUUUUACUCAUCUUCUUGAAUCUCUUAUCUAUAAUAAUUUGGAAACAAAAAUAAAACCUGUUAAAGUAUCAGCUGCUGCUAUUAGUGCUUGUUUAGAAAAAUUCAAACAAUCACCAAAAGUUAUAUGUAAAAAUUAUGAACUUCUAGUCAUAUCUUGUUGUUUAAUGCAACUUAUGGAUUCUAUUAGUCAAAAUCAGAAAAUGGAACGAUUAAUUGGACUUGAAAAAAUUCUUGUACAAGCAUUAACAACAAAUGCUGGUCCUAGUCCAUUUUCAAUUAUAUUACAAACAUUAAAAGAAGAUUUAAUGAAAUCUGAAGAACAACGUCAAUUAAAAUUAAUUGAUUAUGUUAUUCUUCUUGUUCAUAUCUAUUCUCUUGCUGGUAAUGAUGUUUUUUAUGGUAAAGAAGAAAAAGAUCGUACACAUAAAUUAAUUGGAAAAGAAAUUCUUAAUGAUUCAUCAUUUACAAAUUCUCUUCGUGAAGCAAUGAAUACUCUUGGAUAUUCAUUAGAGAUUGAACAUAUUCUUGAUAUAAUCUAUCAAAAACUUGAUUUAUUAUUAUCUUAUAAACGACGUUAUAAAUAUCUAAAUUCUCUUAUUGUUCAUGGUUAUGAUGAACAACCAAAUUAUCGACAAUCAUUACUUAAACAAAUAUUUGAUUUAUUUAAACGACAUGGAAGUUCAGGAUCAUCAUCACCAUCACUUUCAUCACGUUUAACUGGUUCUACAAAUGUUUCUACAACUCAACAAGAACAAUUAAUGCAUGAUAUUGAACAUAUACCUUUUGAUGGUUUUACAGAUUUUUUUAAAAGUGCUGCAAGAGGAUUCUUUGGUGAUACAAAACCAAAUUUAAUUAGUAAUGAUUAUUCCACAAUUGUUAUUUUUAUUGUUGGUGGUAUAACAUCUCAUGAAAUUCAACUUGUUCAAGAAUAUAGUCAACAAAUAAAAAAACAAAUUAUUAUUGGUUCAUCGGGUAUAAUGAAACCUGAGGACGUUUUAUCAAUAUUAUUGAAAUGA